AUGAGUGAAGCUAUUCCCAGCGAAACGGAUAUCAAUACUGAUCCUAAAUCCGAUAAUGAUGAGAAUGAGAAUGAGAAUGAGAAUGAGAACGGGGUAGAAGAUAUUCGCAAAAGUAUACAAGAGGCUCAAUAUUUUGAUCCAAGUUCUAUGGCUGCUCUCACUCCUGCCUCGAUGGCAGCGAUAGCCCGACUCAGAGCAUACAAUCCACCUCCAUUCUCGGUAUGGGAUCGUCUACCCUUAAGCAGACGAGCGGCCGUUCUGGUCUUGCUCUUCGCAGACCGCCGAGGUGAUCUUCGGGUAGUACUUACAAUGCGGGCAGCGACCUUAAGAAAUUUCUCUGGCCAAGCAGCUUUUCCCGGUGGCAAAGCAGAUAGCCUGGAAGAAACGCCGUGGGAGACAGCACGACGAGAAGCGUUUGAAGAAAUCGGACUUCCCCUCGAUGAUUCGAAAAUCCCCGCGCCGUUCCGAAUCGAACAUCUCUGCCAACUCCCAAACAGUCUUGCAAAGACGGCGCUAGCAGUCCGUCCCUGCGUAGCCUUCCUUCACUCGGACGAUGUCAAGGCGGCGAGCGUGGGAGACAGCAUGAUACCCCGCUUAGAUGCGAAAGAAGUAGCAGCAGUAUUCUCAGCUCCGUUCCACAAUUUUCUGAAACCCGAAGACGAAGUGAGGGACGGAGAUAAGGUGCCCGGGCAGGUGACAGAUUGGUAUGAUGGGCGUUGGGUAGAUUGGCAUGAUGGGAAAUGGAGGCUGCAUAAUUUCCACGUCCCCAUCAACAACCAGAAAGUGUCGAAGCCGAAAGUGAGACAAGGGGGACAGGCGGCUAUAGCGGAGGAAUUGGAUAGAGAGGAAGAUGAAGGUCUGGCGAGGUAUAAAGUCUGGGGCAUGACUGCACGAAUGAUUGUUGAUGCUGCGAGAGUGGCUUAUGGAGAGGAGCCUACAUUUCCGUGUAAUGACCAUUUUGGAGACGAGCCCAUAAUAGAGAUGUUAGAGAAGAUGGGAAAGCUGGGUGAGAAGGUCCCGGGUGGACCAGACCUAACGGAACCAAAUUCGGAGACUGCGAAAGCGGCAGAGGCUGCAAAGGUCUCGGCUUCGAAGAUGUAA